AUGUUUCCCCCGAGCGGCAGCUACGGCGUCGACAUCGAAGCCAUUUCGGGAAUAUGCGGAUCAAUCAGUAUCGCAUGCUGGGUCGUCGUCUUCUCCCCUCAGAUCAUCGAAAACUUCCGAAAAUCUAGCGCGGAAGGGCUCAGUGUCGAAUUCAUCAUCAUUUGGCUCGCAGGCGACGUCUUCAACAUCCUGGGUGCUGUCCUUCAAGGCGUCCUGGCUACGAUGAUAGUGCUCGCAGUCUACUACACCUUAGCCGAUGUCGUGCUGUUGGCGCAAUACUUCUACUAUCAAGGCUUCCAUCUGCGAGAUCCGAACCCCGUAAUCAUAAAAAAUGCAGCCUCCGAAAGCGACGAUCCCACCGAAAGAUCUCCGUUGAUCAGCAAUGGACACGCCAAUGCUCACGCCGAACCCAAUCAACGUGCACCCAAUUCUGCGGAUAUCGAAAACCGCACCAGGUCCCCGUCGACAUUCCGGGAGCGCCUCAUGAGUCUGGAUGCCGCUCACAUGUCGCCAGCUGUGCCCAUUCAUUCUCAGCCAAAGGACGCGACAGACACAGAGGCAUUGAAGCCCCACCAACCACCCCGAACUUGGACACAGGCCAUUCUAUUCAACAGCACGGCCAUUCUCCUUGUCGUCCUUGCAGGUGUCGCGGGAUACUAUCUCACUCCUUCAACGCCAGAGAAUAAGCGUCCUGAAUACCCGGCAGAGGAACAGGAAGACGCGCUGCAGUUCAGUUUGUGGGGCCAGAUCUUCGGCUACAUCUGCGCGGUUCUGUAUCUCGGCAGCCGAGUGCCACAGCUUCUCCUCAACUACCGACGCAAGUCCACUGAUGGUCUCAACGCUCUAUUCUUCCUCUUUGCAUGCAUCGGGAACCUCACAUAUGUCUGCUCAAUCCUCGCUUUUGAGCCGAUCUGCAGUCAUCACACGCACGGACAUUGGCAAGAAUCCAGCUGCAAGCCAGGCGAGGCGCCCGCCAUCUAUGCUCGUUAUAUCCUGGUGAAUUUGAGCUGGCUGAUCGGAAGUCUUGGCACAUUGUUCCUUGAUUUUGCUGUCUUUAUCCAGUUUUGGAUAUACAGGAACAACUCAUUAAAACCAGGCGACCUUGCGACGAUUUCGGAGGAGGAUCGUGGUAGAGAGCCCAACGGACGAUGA